GACCUAGUUUGAGUAAUAUAACCAAAUCUAGCCCGUCUCAGGCUAUUUCAAUCCAAAUUCAGCUUAAAAUAGGGUUGGAUUGAAAAUAAAUUCAAUUCUUAUCAAAUAAAUAAAUAAAUAAAUUCAAUCAAGACGAGGGUUGGAUUUGAAUUGAGAGACAUGGAUACUAGAUUGGAUUAAUCCGAAUUCAAACCUCGAGUGCAGUCCCAGAAGUAGCCUUCUGAGUCUCCGGCGUCUUCUAAACCCCUCUCACUCUCGGUUGCUUGGAGCUUGGUGCAGGGAGGCAUCCAGCGCGCGACUGCGGAGGAGAGAAGAGAUACCGGAAGAUGACGGUUUUCCACUUCUUCAACUGCGCCAUCCUCACCUUCGGCCCUCACGCCGUCUACUACUCCGCCACUCCCCUAUCAGAAUAUGAUACUAUUGGAACUUCUGUCAAAGCGGCUGCUGUUUAUCUUGGAACAGCAUUAGUGAAGCUUGUUUGCCUGGCAACCUUUCUCAAUGUAUCUGAGAAUGACAGUUUUGAUCCAUAUCAGGAACUGCUGAAAGUAUUGAUCAAUUUUAUAGAUGUUGCUGGACUUUAUUUUGCGUUGACACAGUUGACUCACAGAAACAUCUCUCAAACUCAUAAAUUUCAAGCUGUUGGACUUGGUUGGGCUUUUGCGGAUUCUGUUUUGCACCGGCUGGUGCCUCUUUGGGUUGGAGCUAGAGGCUUGGAGUUUACAUGGGAAUACAUAUAUCAAGGUCUUGAAGCAAAUGCAAAUCUGGUAUUAAAUUUGUCCCUUGCUGCGCUAGGAUCCUUGAUGUGGCUAAGGAAGAACAAACCCAGGACUUUGAUUCCAAUAAUAUAUGCAUGUGCUGGGGUUCUUGCAACAAUGCCAUCUAUCACUAGCUAUUUGAGAAGAGCUUUGGGAUGGCAGACUUCAAAGUUGGUGGGCUUUGAAUUAUUCUCCUCUUUGAUGAUGGCCUUCAUCAGUUGGCAGCUUUUUUGUGCUUGUCAGAGGCCAGCCUAGCAAAUGGAGAUUGUCACCAGUUCAGCUAUUUGGUCAAGGGAAAGGUUAUCCACGACCUUUGAUUCUAUUUACCCAAAACCAAAGCCAAAGAAACUUCAGUUGUCAUGCUUGCAGCAACUUGGCCUGCUCUCUGAUUUCAGCAUAUGAUUUUGAGAUUAAUUUAACUUCUCUGCUCCAGCUGAGUACAGCGUGGAGCAAGCUCAGCGUCUUGUACUUUUAGAACUCUUGCACCGUAAUUCAAGUCACUUUUGAUUAUAAGUUUUUACCUAUGCUGACCGAGUGAAGUAAAAUUAUCAGGUAUUAUCGCAGCUAUGUUGUAAUCAUUUACUGCGCCUCCCGUUGUGAAGGUUCUUUAAAUUUUGUGGUUCUAUGCCUAUUUUUCCCUCAUCAAUGAGAACCUAUCCGUUUGGGUUCUGCUUA